CCUAGGUGGUCUGCCAGAAAGUUCGCUGCCUUUCGGGUGUCCAAUGCACCGCUACUCGCGCAUCGAUUCUAUCGCAUCUACAGCGACUACAGUGUCUGAUCAAGAGAUCCUUGAGUACCCAGCGCUAGUGGAGUACUAUCUAUCCAUCCUUCCCCGAGUACUCCUCACUUCGGAUCUCGGAACGUGGAAACAUCGAUACCAACUCCGUUUCCUCUGCAUUACCGCAAACGGCUCUCCUCUGGCGCUCUUCACGACGUCCGACUGGGCCUGCAGAAUAAGAUGGGUUGAUGGAAAGUUGCGGCAUCCCUCUCUGCUCAAGGCCAGGUGCCCCUGGCGCAACGGCCUCCCGCGCAUACGAUCUCCAUGCACAGUAAGAGCCACCAUUCGGAAUAAGUGGCAGUAUAAGAUAUGCAGAAAGGCCAUUAUAAGAUGGGAUGCGGAACUCGGGACCCUUCUUGUAGACUACAAGAAACUUCUAGCAGAUUACGAGGCCCAAGAGAAGAGCAAUAGGAAUCGAAGGAGAGUCGCCAGUACCGUCAAGAAGUAUCAUCAACUAGAAGGAAAGGUGCUAACGAAUGAGACCGGUGAAAAUUGGGCCAAUUGGGGCGAUUGGGAUAUCUUUCCUGCUUCGGCGGAUGUAGCACAGGUUUGCCGGCUCGAGGGGCGAGAUUUCGAAGAGGGACUUGGAAAGAUGCCAGGGCGGAGUAAGAAGUAUAGGUUACGGCGCUGUUUGAAGGACAUGACAAAAGCUGUGAAAAGAAUGGUGUUGAAGUAACCAGGUCGCCUCCGUGGUCCUGAUAGUCUGUCUACCUCCAGGCUGCUCUUUUAAUCUAGAUGUUGCACUGUAGUCUUGAAAGAGAAUGAAGCGUCCUCGUUUUUCCCAUCUCAUAAUUGUGCGAAAACAUACCUUCCUAGCCUUAACAUUUGGGUACUACUGAAAUAGAGCAGCUUUGUCCGCGCGAGAGCGUCAAGGGCUACGUAGGUAACCGGUCUUUGAUUAUCAGUUCAUC